AUGCAUUCUAAUAAUAACUACACUAGCAAAAGAAAUUCAUUUUUAACCUGGUAUGGUAAGAAUUACGACUUUAGCGAAGUAAAGCAAUGUUCAAUUCCAAACAAUACUAAAACGAAUGAUAAACAAGACGGUUCUAAGCAAAUUUCGGAUUUAAAAAAUGAAAACCAAUAUUCAGAAUCGUCAAAAUAUAGGAGUAGUUGUAAACUUAACACCGGAUACCAACUAAAUUUUAAUAACUAUACUCAGGAGCUUUAUAAAGCAUUGAUAAAAGAGUGCAACUAUAACUUAUUAGAUUUAAAUUCAUUAAACACAUCAUUAGACUUUGAGUCUUUGACGAGUGUUACUCAUCGAACGUUGAAAGCUAUAAAGUUAGAUGUUUAUGCAAAAUGUAAAUAUUUACUUGAAGAAGUGAAAAAAUAUUGCCCCCAACACUAUAUAGACGGGAUUACCAACACAUGGAUCAUAAAACCCACGUCAAACUGUUCUGGUCAUGGUAUUAUAUUGUCUAGACACUUGCAGACGAUAAAACAAAAAAUCACUGUUGCAGAUGUCUUCAAAAAUAAUUAUAUUGUACAAAAAUAUAUAGAAAGGCCGCUUUUGAUUUAUACGUGUAAAAUUGAUUUACGACAAUGGUUUUUAGUGACCAAUAUGAGUCCAGUAGUUGUAUGGAUGUACAAAGAGGGUUACGUUCGAUUUUGUACUAACAGUUUUUCCAUGGAAAAUAUACAUGAAUCCAUUCAUCUCAGCAAUGUCAGACUGCAAAAUAAAUAUCGAAAAAUUAGAAAUUCACAAGUACCUGCAGAGUGUAUGUGGGAUUACAGAGAACUACAAAACUAUUUGAGGAAUAUCGGACAAGAAUACGUAUGGGAUGAAUUAAUAUUUCCCGGCAUGAGUGAGAGUAUUUACGCUGURUUACAAGCUGCUACGGACACUUCGUUUUAUCGCGACAAAACUUUUCAAUUGUUUGGAGCCGACUUCUUGAUUACAGAUAAAUUUAUCCCAUAUUUAAUCGAGAUCAAUUCCAUUCCCGGACUGAAUCCGUCUACGAGCGUAAUUGCCAAUUUAGUGCCGAUGCUCCUGCGUGACAUUGUAAAAGUGACGGUGGACUACAAGAAAAACUCGAAAGCUGAGACAGGACUGUUUGUAAAGGUUGUGCCGGAAAAGUGGAAACCAGCCUCAGUGGCUGUGGUGAACAAGGACAWUCCAUUCAAUUCGUCRGCGGUUGUGUCUGCGGAACAGACACCGUUUAUGUUAGACUACCACCGCCGGUGGAUGGACACUGUCAAUAAAAA